AUGUCUGUGAGCCUGUUGGUCCGAGACCUGAUGCUCUGGUACCGCCUGCCGGAUGCCUUCGUUCUAAGCUGUGCCUUCCCUAAGGAGCCAGCCAAUGGGGAAGUAUCAGUGACUCACCUCCAUGCUGGGGGAGAGGCCUACUUCCAGUGUCUGACCGGUUACCAGCUGCAAGGCCCCACCAUGCUCACCUGUCGCAACGCCACUACACCUUACUGGAGUGGCAAGGAGCCCAAAUGCCUGGCUUCCUGUGGUGGUAUGAUUAAAAAUGCCACGUUGGGCCGUAUUGUCUCUCCUGGAUUCCCUGGCAACUACAGUAACAACUUGACGUGCCAUUGGGUACUGGAGGCUCCUGAAGGCCACCGGCUUCAUGUUCACUUUGAGAAAAUGGCUUUGGCUGAGGAUGAUGACAGACUCCUUAUAAAGAAUGGGAACAACAUUGACUCCCCUCCGGUGUAUGACUCCUACGAGGUGGAGUACCUGCCCAAUGAGGGCGUGGUGAGCACAGGCCGUCACCUCUUUGUGGAGUUCACCACAGAUGGGACGGUCACCUCUACGGGAGCAGCAAUCAGAUAUGAAGCUUUUGCAAAGGGCACAUGCUAUGGGCCCUUUGUGAAGUAUGGCAACUUCACCAGCAGUGACACGGCCUACGGUGUGGGUGCGGUAGUGGAGUUUGCCUGUGACCCUGGCUACACUCUGGAGCAGGGCUCAGUCAUCAUUGAGUGUCUGGACGCAGAGAACCCCCAGUGGAAUGAGACAGAGCCAGCCUGCAGGGCUGUGUGUAGUGGUGAAAUCACAGACUCAGCCGGGGUGGUUCUCUCUCCAAACUGGCCGGAGACCUACGACAAGGGCCAGGACUGCAUCUGGGGCAUCCACGUGGAAGAGGACAAGAGGAUUAUGCUGGACAUCCAAGUGUAAGUGACAGCUCUCCGCUCCAA